UCACUUUGUUUCGAAAUUUCUCGAAUGAAUGUAAAUGGAUUCGAGUGUUUCUUUCCAGUUUUGUGGUUCUAUGAAGUUGAUGAUUGGUUUAUGUGUGUCUUUCAGAGACAAAUGUCUGUGGUGCAAAUUGAGCACGGUGAGACGACGGAGAGAGGGAAACCGAAGGUUGGAGGAUUGAGUGACCCUCGACUUGGAACUAUUGACAGAAAGCUCAAGUGCGAGACUUGCACGGCUAGUAUGGCUGAAUGUCCUGGCCACUUUGGACACUUGGAGCUUGCUAAGCCAAUGUUUCACAUUGGGUUUUUAAAGACAGUGUUGACUAUAAUGCGUUGUGUUUGCUUCAACUGCUCUAAAAUUCUAGCUGACGAGAAUGAUCACAAAUUUAAGCUAGCUUUGAGGAUCAGGAAUCCCAAGAACAGGCUGAAAAAGAUUCUGGAUGCUUGCAAAAACAAAGGCAAGUGUGAAGGGGGAGAUGAAAUUGAUAUUCCUGGACAAGAUACCGAUGAACCAGUUAAAAAGAGUCGCGGUGGCUGUGGUGCUCAGCAACCAAAGAUUACGAUUGAGGGGAUGAAAAUGAUUGCAGAGUACAAAGCUCAAAGGAAAAAAAGUGAUGACCAAGAACAGCUUCCUGAACCUGUAGAGAGGAAACAGACCCUUUCUGCAGAAAGGGUUCUUGGUGUUCUGAAAAGGAUAAGCGACGAGGACUGUCAGUUGUUGGGCUUGAACCCUAAGUAUGCCCGUCCUGACUGGAUGAUUUUACAAGUUCUUCCAAUUCCUCCUCCACCUGUGAGACCUUCUGUGAUGAUGGACACAUCCUCUAGGAGUGAGGAUGAUUUAACUCAUCAGCUGGCUAUGAUCAUCAGGCACAAUGAGAAUCUUAAGAGACAGGAGAGGAACGGAUCUCCUGCACAUAUUAUUUCUGAGUUUGCUCAGUUAUUGCAGUUCCACAUUGCAACAUAUUUUGAUAAUGAGUUGCCUGGACUGCCAAGGGCUACUCAAAGAUCCGGAAGGCCUAUCAAAUCAAUAUGUAGCAGGCUCAAGGCAAAAGAAGGACGGAUUAGAGGUAACUUGAUGGGUAAAAGAGUUGAUUUUUCAGCUCGAACAGUCAUUACACCUGAUCCAACAAUCAACAUUGAUCAAUUGGGAGUGCCGUGGAGUAUUGCUUUGAAUCUAACAUACCCUGAGACCGUGACUCCAUACAACAUUGAAAGGUUGAAGGAACUUGUUGAGUAUGGACCCCAUCCUCCACCUGGAAAAACUGGUGCCAAGUACAUCAUUCGAGAUGAUGGACAAAGGCUCGAUCUCAGAUAUUUAAAGAAAAGUAGUGAUCACCAUUUGGAGCUUGGGUACAAGGUUGAGCGUCAUUUGAAUGAUGGAGACUUUGUUCUCUUCAAUCGACCAGAAAUUCUUUCCUCAAAUCCUUGA